AAAAAAAAGGAAAAAAAAAACACGGAGAAGAAAUAGAGGCCGCCGGAGUCGGUGGUGGUGGGAUUGGGGGAACAAGAAACAGGCGGAGAAGUCGGCGCCGUGUCACAGCUCUAUACAACGUUUUCUUAGAAACUCGGCGCCGUAUUCUCUCUCCAUAUUCUAGAAUUCUCAAGAAAGAAGAAGAAGAAGACGAAGAGGGGAGAGAGAGAGAGAGAGAGAGAGAGAGAGGGGCAAGGGAUGAAGGAGGUGAUGUUGCAUGUGUACGAUGUGACGAAUAGCGAUUCGGAGAAGACGAACAGUACGAUUCUCCAAAUCAAUCGCAUCUUCAAGGAUCGAAUCGGCCUCGGCGGGAUCUUCCACAGCGCCGUUCAGGUAUAUGGAGAAGAAGAAUGGUCAUUUGGGUAUUGUGAACAUGGUAGUGGAGUUUUUAGUUGUCCACCAGGUAAAAAUCCUAUGUAUACAUACCGUGAGUGCAUUGUGCUAGGAGAGACCGACUGUUCUAUCUUGAAAGUGAAUCAAAUCUUGCGGGAACUCGGGAGAGAAUGGCCUGGUAAUUCCUAUGAUCUUCUAUCAAAGAACUGCAACCACUUCUGUGAUGCUUUCUGCGAGAGGCUUGGCGUGCCUAAACUUCCAGGAUGGGUUAACCGUUUUGCUAAUGCUGGUGAUACUGCCAUGGUAGUUGCAGGGAAUACAGCAUACCGGUUUAGGCAAGCUAAGGCAGAAGUUGUUACUGCAAGCAAAGUGGCGUACAGAUUCAUGGCUGGUCUAGCAUCGAAUUCAUCCCCAGCCACCCCCGAGUCCCCAAGCAAUGCAAACAGAGGCACCCCCAGGUUCCAGGGCACUUGGUUCAAGAACCUCGUUUCUACCGGUGCCGGAGCCGGUGCCAAGCCAUCAAGUAGUUCAUCAGAUCUACCGCUGGAGACUGACGACGACGCCUUACUACUGCAGAGACAGAAAUCUACAGAGCAUUCGACAAGAAUCGAACCAUAGUUUAUUUGAUGACUUUGUGGAAGCGUCAUCAACAUUGCUUGUGUGUGUACCAGUAGUAGAAACAUUUCUUUACAACUAGACCGCGAUAUUCAUACUCGCAGAACUAUAAAUCCUUCUCUAUAGAUUCUUUCUACAUUAUUAUUCUCCUUCUUUUGUGCAAGAAAACAAAAACAUUGGAUAUUAAUUCGCGUUACUUGAAUGGUAGAUUUACACUCACCAUCAUAACACACAUCUGCGGAACUGCUGAAACCUAGUACUGUCGACUUCCAUCAAGAGGGAUUUCUGAUCAGAAUGCGUCCGCCGUAGAUGGCUCUCCAGAGCAUCGAAGCAAUGGAGUGUACAAUGGUUGUCGCGAUCCGACCCUUGACCUGACCGCGCUUUGGUACGGGCCUUCUUCUGAUGCCGACGCCAUCACCAAAAGCAGCCGAAAGCGCAACCCCUGCAGCCGCACUCUUCAUCGUCCGAGGGUGGAGGCAAGCAGUAAUGAAGACAAGGAGAGAUGAACUUGUUAUUGAAGUAUUACUAUGAUGGUGGACUUAAUGCAGGCUCAUUACUUCUAAUGAUCUAUAUAUAGUGCUUCUGUAAUCAGCACAUGGAGUGGGUUUAUUAAGCCUGUUAAGUACGGCGUGAUUUCGUUUGUGGGACGACAAAGCCAGCGAAGAUGACCUCUCUCUGUCGAAAGAUUCUGUGGGGUGUGGGCACAAAAGAUUGGACUCUCUUGAUGCUUGUUUCACUCUUUUCUGUAGAAAAAAAAAAGAGAAAACUGUACGCAUUGUUUGAAGAUGAGAUGGUCUCACCCGGAUCUGCUGGUCUUUUGACUCGUGUGGCUUCUUAUUAUUACUACUACUACUAUUUAUUUUUUAAAGUUGGUGGGCUAUUCUAAAUUAUUAGGGCUUGAGAGUAAAGCCAAAGAGAUAAGGAAAUCUACAGGGUUACAUUAUGUUGCACGGUAGGGUGAGCUGUGAUGUUUUGGAUUGUUUUGGAUUGUAUAAUGUUGAGACCAUACCGUGGCUGCUUCCACGCAGGGUUUGGGCCCUUUUGGUGUACGCAAACCACACUAAACUGCUUCAACGAAA